AUGCUAGUGUGGCAAAAUAUAUUGUUAGAUAAUCAGAGAAAAAAACACAGAUCUCUUAGUAAAGGAAAGUUUGCGUGUCUGUUAAAGUUGCUGGUGACGGAGGAGCCCGAGGUGAGGAUCCCACUGAGCACCAGCAGCGCCCGCCCACGGAGGGAGGUGCGGGUCAACCACAUGAUAGGACGCUACGAACCGGAGGUGGGCAUACAGACGGAGCCACGUCCGAGCACCACCUUCGGAGCCACCGUCGGGUUCUCAAACGUUCAUGACGCUUACCGCCUUCACCAGCAGGCGCUGGCGGCCUCCAGGAAACAACAGAAGCUCUUCCCGCACAAGAAAGACAACAAAGAUGGCGGCAAGCAGCGGGAGUGUGUGCUGGCGAGUGGCCUUGUUGAUGGAACUGUCAUGUAUAUUGAUGGGCGUCUGUCUCAAGCUCCCCAGGUCCUCACCUCAGUCGCUACUGACGGCAAGCACCUCCUUCCCGUCUCUCAGGUGAGAUGGGGGCCGGCCGAGGCCGGACGGAUGCCUUACUUCUACUCUGCGUCAGCGGACGGUCGAGUGUCGGAGUGGGCGGUGCGACCGUCGACCCUCGACCAUACAGACAUACUCGACUUCUACCACUGUCCUCCACACCGCUCCAGGCACUUCACCACCGCCACUCUCCGCGGCACCGCCACCUGCCUAGCGGUCAACCCGCGAGAGGGCAGCGUGGUGCUGGUGGGCGUGGACACGGGGGUGGUCCUCCAGCUGAACACAACCACCACCCUGCACCACCUCACCCAGUACCCCGCCCACACCGCCCCCGUCAGAGCAGUCGCCUGGAACACCUUCCACCACCGAGUGUUCGCCACUUGCUCUCUGGACUGGAUGAUCAAGAUCUGGCUCCAGUACCACACGUCUCCUCUCAUAGUCCUGGACUUGGGAGCUCCUGUGACCGGCCUGGCCUGGUCCUCCUCCAGCAGCACCGUCGUCGUCGGGGUGACGGACGAAGGGCGUGUCCAUGUGUAUGACCUUUUCGUGCGCAGGUGUCGCCCUGCCUGUGUCCAGAGUGUUCUUCAGAGGCGUCGUUCAGCACUCUCCUGCGUCGCCUUCAGUCCCUUCCACCACAUCAUUGUAGUGGGCGGGGAGAGAGGGUACCUGCUGACGCUCAAGUUGUCGCCCAACCUGAGGAGAGUUCACAGGACGAGCGGGGAGCAGACCCCGAGGGAAGCGCAAGUACACCUCUUGGACAGCAUCAUAGCCACCACCAGGGGUCCACAUGCUCCACCUCGCCCAUAG